CAAACAGAAUUCAAAUACAGCUGAAUUUUUAUUAUGUUUUUGGGAAGUUGGGUAAAUUCAUUCUCAAUAAUUUGUGCGAUGUGUUGGUGGUAGUAUAACUGUAUAAUUGUUCAUGUACUCGUCUUUUCUCCUCCCCAAUCAUUUCUCAGAUAUAUAUUUUUUUAUUUUCUCGUGUUUUCCGGUGAAAGAAAAGGAAGUAGAUGAGUAGAAGAAAUGAAUUUCCCAGCUUCUACGAAACUGUUUUUAUUUAUUCUUUACUUAUAAAUUAUAUUAUCGUGAUCAAGACAAAAAUUUCUUUGAAUCUUGCCAAGCAAACACAUCAUCAUCUUUAAUGGACUGACUCUCUUUAACUACUACUAUCUUUUCAAUUUCUUGUUCUCGCCUAAAGUGGACGAUGCUGUAAUUUUACUAAAUUCAAGACUUUGGAAUUUUGUUCACAUGCCGUUAACCGGAUUCUUCGUGCUAAAUAAGUUGGUUGCUUUGUUAUAAUUAUGUUUGAUGUUUUGUUGUAUGGUUUGAUCAUUCAUGAGUGAGGAUGUUGAUUAUUGACUUAGUAGCUACUAUUACUGCUUCUGGAUUUCGAUUUGAAUAGGCCUCUGCUAGACGUAGAGUAUUUGUUUGCUUGAUUUUGUAUAAAAUUUGCCUUUCUAUAUAUACAGAAGAGGGAGAAAUGUACAUUUUAUGAGAUUAUAUAGAAAUAGGAUCAAGUGAGAAAGUAGUUCUGAUUCGCAGAAUGAUAAGGGUGAAGCUGAGUUUGUCCACCAAUCAGAAUAGAAUAAUUUUGUCAUUUGUUAUUUAGAGGUAUUUGCAAUAGGGAUAUGCAAUGAGAAGCAGUUUGAAGAAUUUCUAGAAAAGAAAUAUAAAUAAAGAUUGUGGCAACUGAUUGACAAUGAAGUUGUAUCGUCUAAGGAUUUCCAUCAGGAAUGCGUAAUCAAUUCAUCCCGACAUCUGCUGUGGACUACAAAACUGGGCCAUUUGACCAUCUUUACAGUCACUUGAGAAUUAGUGCAUGCACUUGAAUUUGGUAUUUUCUAAAGUUUUGGUAGCUGUAUUGUCAUUCAAAUAUAUGCUUAGCAUGGUUGUUUUUCUACUCUUCAAUGCUUAUGAAUUUAUAUGAGUUCUGAAUGGCUUUCUAGUGGCCUCAAUAAAGUUUGGUACAGUUGAAAAUUUGGGAAUAUUAUAAUAUCUUAGUUUCCAACUUUCUUUUGCUUACCAUUUGUAGCAGAAAGUGAUUCAAUGAAACAGCAUUUGCAGGAUUCGGUGUUGGGUAAUUUUGAAGGAUCAUUUAACAUACCAUCAUUGAGUAUUCCUAGAAAGGCAGGAAGUAGUAUGUGGGGGAUCCCAAAUGGAAGAGAUGAAUUUCUUGCAUCAGAUGAUGCAAGCUUGUUUUCUAGCUCACUGCCUGUCCUUCGUCAUGAGAAAUUGAACUUUGCUGAUUCUGAGGAUCAUGGUCGACCUGUUGAUGAUAGCUCAUCAAAUUUACGUAAGAUUGACCUAGAAAAUGGCAUGAAAGAUCCACUUGAAGGUGUUGAACCAAAUGGACUUGGAACUUUGCUUCCUGAUGAUGAAGAUGAGCUUCUAGCUGGUGUAAUGGAUGAUUUUGACCUAAGGGGGUUGCCUAGCCAAUUGGAGGAUUUAGAAGAUUAUGAUCUGUUUGGCAGUGGAGGGGGGAUGGAGUUGGACUUCGAACCUCAAGAGAGCCUUAGGUUUGACAUAUCAAAGCUUAACAUAUCUGAUGGGGCUGCUGGGAAUGGAAUUCCUCACUAUCUUCUUGCUAAUGGUGUGGGAGCCAUGGCUGGGGAACAUCCAUAUGGUGAGCAUCCUUCAAGAACACUAUUUGUUCGAAACAUCAAUAGCAAUGUUGAGGACUCUGAGUUGAGGUCUCUCUUUGAGCAAUAUGGGGAUAUCAGAACUUUAUACACUGCAUGUAAACAUCGUGGUUUUGUGAUGAUAUCUUACUAUGAUAUUCGAGCUGCUCGUACUGCAAUGCGUGCGUUACAAAAUAAGCCCUUGAGACGAAGAAAACUGGAUAUUCAUUUUUCGAUUCCUAAGGAUAAUCCCUCAGAAAAAGAUAUAAAUCAGGGAACUCUCGUGGUGUUCAAUUUGGAUGCUUCAGUAUCCAAUGAUGACCUUCGUCAAAUUUUUGGGGCAUAUGGGGAGGUCAAAGAGAUCAGAGAAACACCACACAAACGACACCAUAAAUUCAUUGAGUUUUAUGAUGUUAGAGCUGCAGAGGCAGCCCUCAGAGCAUUGAAUAGGAGUGACAUUGCUGGGAAGCGCAUAAAGCUUGAACCUAGCCGCCCUGGUGGAGCACGUCGAAACUUGAUGCAGCAACUAAGUCAGGAGCUGGAACAAGAUGAAGCCCAAGGUUUUCGGCAUCAAGUAGGCUCGCCGGUGACCAACUCUCCUCCAGGUAACUGGGUGCAAUUUGGUAGUCCAGUUGAACAUAAUCCUAUGCAUGGUUUUAGUAAGUCGCCUGGUCUGGGAACAAUGAAUCCUAUAAACGGUAACCAUUUACUUGGGUUGGCAUCAAUUAUCCCACCUCAUUUGUCUAACUCUGGAAAGAUUGCCCCAAUUGGUAAGGACCAAGGAAGGGCCAAUCACACAAACCAGAUAUUUAGUAACACUGUACCAGUGCAAGGAGCACCCUUUCAGCAUUCUCAAUCCUUUCCUGAACAGAAGUUGAGUGCAAGUCCUGGGCCUAUAUCACCAUUUGUUGAAUCAAAUUCAAAUUCUUCUGGUGUUGGCACUUUGUCUGGUCCUCAGUUUUUAUGGGGAAGUCCCGCUCCUUACUCUGAGCGCACCAGCUCUUCUGCUUGGCCAACAUCACCAGUGGGGCUUCCAUUUUCAUCUGGUGGACGGGGACAGGGCUUUCCGUACAGUCGGCAUGGAUCAUUUAUUGGCUCACAUCAUCACCAUCAUGUGGGAUCUGCUCCUUCUGGUGUGUCCCUUGAUAGACAUUUUGGCUUUUUCCCAGAGUCACCAGACACAUCCUUUGUGAACCCAAUAACAUUUGCGGGCAUGGGUGUAAGUUGCAGUCAUGGAGGUUAUGUAAUGAACUUUGGGAGUCAUGUUGGUGGCCUUCCAGGAAAUGUGACUGAAAAUGGUUCACCUACUGUUCGAGUGAUGUCAUUGCCAAGGCAUGGUCCGUUGCUCCUUGGAAAUAGUUGUUAUCCUGGACCUGCUCCAAGUAAUGAGGGAUUGACUGAACGUGGUCGGAGUAGGCGAGUUGAUGGUAGUGUAAGCCAGAUUGAUAGCAAGCAGUAUCAGCUUGAUUUGGACAAAAUCAUUAGUGGGGAAGAUACAAGGACAACUUUAAUGAUUAAAAACAUCCCUAAUAAGUAUACUUCAAAGAUGUUGCUGGCUGCCAUUGAUGAGAAUCACGGUGGUACUUAUGAUUUUCUCUAUUUACCAAUUGAUUUCAAGAAUAAGUGCAAUGUGGGUUACGCCUUCAUCAAUAUGGUUUCUCCUUCACACAUUAUAUCCUUCUAUGAGGCGUUUAAUGGCAAGAAAUGGGAGAAGUUCAACAGUGAGAAAGUUGCAUCAUUGGCGUAUGCCCGAAUCCAGGGCAAGGCUGCUCUUGUGACACAUUUCCAAAAUUCAAGCCUAAUGAAUGAAGACAAACGAUGCAGGCCAAUUCUCUUUCACUCAGAGGGCCAAGAGACAGUUGAUCAGGAACCCUUCCUUUCAGGCAAUUUGAAUAUUUUCAUUCGUCAACCAGAUGGGUCUUAUGCUGGUGAUUCCUUGGAAAGCUUAAAGGGUAAUCUGGAUGAGAAACCGGAGAAGAUUUAACAGAGCAUUGGAAUUCUUACUCUGGGCAAUAAGAAAAAGUGGCUUGGAGUGCUGACUGUUCAUAGGUAAUUAAUUUAAGUGUACAAAGUUGGAAGAGAAACCAAGAAGCAAGUGUAUAGUAUGAUUGCAUUAUGUGCAGUGUCCGCUUUUCAAUCAUGGACGUUUCAUAAAUUUGCAAAAAAGAAGAGAACAUUUUGUUAAAUUUUAGAUCAAGAAAUUGUUAUUGAAGCAGGAGAGAGGAAUAAGGUGGAAGCAUAUUGCUGGGAAGUGAUAGCUCACUGAUCUGUAGAUGAUCGCUCCUCCUGGGUUUCAUCUAUUUAGGUUUUUCUUUGGAUUUGCGAAUAUCAGUGAUUGUGUAUUGUGGGGAAUGUAGGUUUAAACGUUGAAGUGGUGUUUAGAAAAUUGUAUAGGAUAAAAAAGACACCGCUCUGUGUUGAUUAUUAUGUAGCUAAGAAAAACGUAUAUUUAGACGAGAUAAAGCAUAUAUUUCAAAUUUGUACAGAAUCAGCAAUUGAUCCCGCAAGACUUCGAAAGGAGCCUUGUUUGCUAUGGCUUUGACAGUA